AUGUUGACAAAUAUUACUUAUUGUCCAGGCCGUGCCCAUCGGCGUUUAGAUCGCGUUUUAUACCCUUCUAUCUUUACAAAUACUUUAACAUUAUUAGAGAAAUUUUCACCUCCAGAUAUCUGUUCGUUAUCGUCGUUAGUACUCGACCGGUUCUGCUCGCAGGUCUUACCGGCUAUCGAACACAAUAUCCAAUGGAUGAACCUCGAAGGAUCAUCUUUAGAACGUGUUCUUUCUUCUGGAAAUUUUCUGCAUUUAUCUGGACUUGGUGUAUAUGGGAUUACAAAAACCUAUGCAUUGCAUCUUCUCUCUGAUGAAACCUUAUUAUGUCAUCAAUUGAGAAAACAAAUCUCAUCCCUCGCUGUUCAAACUACUGGUGAUGUUGGUUAUCGAUUUGAUCUCAAUGAACUUAUAUUUAAAAAUCUGAUUCACAUGUUUUCUAAUUUAAAAUCGCUCGAUUUAAAUCCAUUUAAGGUUUAUCAUCAGAUCACUACAAUGAGUAAAACUCAUUUAUCUGUUUAUUCUUCAACAUUGAGAGAAUCGUCGAUUCAAUUGCGUUGGAUCGAUGAUUGUCUUUACAUUCUUGACGGUCGUUUUGAUCAGCUUUGCGUGUUUAAUGUUAAAGUGAUGUAUUCGAGCCGUAGUCGUUCACUGUUAGAUUUUGGUCAAGUCAAUCCAUCAAAUCUACGAUCUCUCUCAUUCACAAAUUUAUUUGAAAUUGAUUGUUAUGACGAGUUUCUUGUACCAUUGUUGCAUCGUAUGUGA